UUAUGACUGCUGAAUACACCCCCAUGUUGCUGGCUGCUAGCAGUCUUUGCUUAAUUUUCGUUUGUUUGAACUUUUUUCUAUUGACAUUCAUUAGCAUAUCCUAUCCUAGGACCUAUGUGAUGUGUAACUUCGCUUGGUUCAGUUGGACGUCAGUGCUCUGCCCAGCUACAAAAUAGCUUGCAAACUCGCUAGUUAGUUUGUAGUUUUAUUUGCUAGCUAGCUAGUUAGCUAACGUUUCCCUGUACUGAAGUUAGAUCCCCUUGCCCAAUUUCAAAAGGGAUGAAAUGCCAGGCUCACUGUGUAUACAGUGUCAGACACAAACCACUGUGUUUAGUAAGACCUGCAACAGUUGUUUCUUUAACCAUCCGAAAGAGAAGAUGUUACAAGCGUUGAAGAAGUAUGAUUACGAAUGGGAACACAAUGAUUGCACCCAUUAUAAUUAUAGCUCUCAGAUAUUGACUUCCACUAAAGUAUUGCUCUACAAAUUACAUACUCUGGGAUUUGUUCCCCUUCUCCUGCUUGGAAAAAGGAGAAAUGGAACAAAACAUAUCGAUAUGGAUUCCUUUUGCCCUCACCCUCAAGUCAUAAAAGAAACGGGCUCUAUUGAAACAUUGAGAAAUAUUUAUUUAGGUCUUCUGAAUGUCACACUCGGCACCGAGUCCCAAUGCCAGUGCUCCCCAGUGUCUUCAGAGCCAGGCGGGACCCCCGCACCAGCCGAGGUAGAGGGAGCCCCUACAACAAUCGAUCCCGUGGGAACCCCUGCACCAACGGAGCUACACACAAUACCCAUAUCCAUCCGACUGAACAUAAUACCCACACCAACAGAGACGUGCAAACACAACACACUAAUCAAUCCAGUGGAAACCCCUACAACUAUCAAUCCAGCGGGAACCCCGGCACCAACCAAGCGAGACGGAAUCCCCAUAUCUUUACGACGGAACCUAAUCCCCACACCAACAGAGCCAGGCAAACCAUCCACACCAACCAAUCCAGUGGGAAUCCCUACACCAACCAGUCUAGUUGGAACUCCUACAGCAAUUGAUCCAUCAGGAACCCCUGCACCAACUAUGCUAGACAGAAUCCCCACAUCCAUCAGCCUGAACAAAAUCACCAAACUAAUAACAGAGCCAGGCAAACACUCCACAUCAACCAAUCCUGUGGGAACCCCUUCACCAAUUAAUUCAGUGGGGACCCCUGCACCAGCCGAGCUAGACGGACUCCCCACACCAACAGACCCAGGAAAACCCUCCACAUCUAACAAGCUAGAUGGAAUCCCCACAUACAUCUGCCUGAAUGGAAUCCCCACAUCCAUCUGCAUGAACGGAACCCCCACCUCAAUACAGUCCAAAAUCCCCAGACUAAUACAACCCAAAAUCCCCAGACCUAUACAGCCAAAAUUCCCCACACCAAUACAGCCAGACAAACCCUCCACACAAAAUAAUCCAGUGGGAACCCCUAUACCAAUUGAUGAAACAUCUGACUCCUCUGAGCACCAGGACCAAGAAAUGCAAAGGCCAAAAAGAAAAAUGUGGACAGCUGGAGAUCUAAUCGUUGCUGAAGACGGUGCAACAAUUCAAGCACAAAAGAAAAUCAAAACAACAGAAGAGUGGCUGAACAUGGAUACGGAUAGGCCCACGGUGUCAAGACAUGCAGAGGUAGACACCGAAAUAUUAGAUCAACUAGAAAAACACAAAGAAGAGUCGCUGAACAUGGAUACGGAUAGGCCCAUGGUGUCAAGACAUGCAGAGGUAGACACUGAAGUAUUAGAUCAAUUAGAAAAGAGCAGCAUUGUACAAGCAACCAACAAGCAAACUUUGUGGGCUAUAAACUGCUUUAAGGACUGGCUGGCAGAGAAACAGAUGAUAGUGGAUUUUUCAACCAUUGAGAAAUCUGAAAUGAAUGUCCUCUUGCGAGAUUUUUACUGUUCUGUUCGAAGGGGUAAAGGCGGGGAGUAUUGCAUCCCAAGCUAUAUCGGAAUCCGGGCUGGCGUGAACAGAUUCAUUAACCUCCCUCCCCUUAGCAGAUCCUGGUGCUUGAUGAAGGACAGUGAGUUUACCUCCUCUAAUAAUGUAUUUCUUGGGGUACUAAAGAAACUCAGACGAGAGGGCAGGGACAAAACUACCCAUCCUAAGGUGAUUACAGCACAAGACCUUGAGAUUCUUCAAAACUCUACUGUGUUAAGCCCCUACACACCCAGAGGACUAGUGAACAAAGUGUGGUUUGAUAUCCAGUUACACUUUGGCCCCAGAGGAAAAGAGGGCAAUAGACGGCUAACGCCACAGUCGUUUGUUAUAAGGUACGAUGAAAACGGAGCAAAAUAUGCAGCGCUGACUUCCAAAGAAGAAAGACCGAACCACAAAGAUGCAGAAGAGCAGAACUGGCAGAAUCGCUGUGGAAUCAUGUUUCAGAACCCUGAUAGUCCACUCUGUCCAGUCGCCUCCUUGGAGAAGUAUCUGAGCAAGAUCCCGCCAGAUGCCACCGCCCUCUACCUCCAUCCUAAGAAGAUGGUGAUCACCAGUGACAGCAUGUGGUAUAGCCAGGAGCCAAUGGGGUUCAACUACCUUUCAUCAAUGCUGCCCCGACUGUGCCAGGAGGCUGGUACAUUGGAAAAGUACACAAACAAUUGCUUCCGAACUUUGCGCGAGGUCAUGUCUGUCAGCAGACUGAUAGUUCCUUGAAGAGUGCCGUAGCUGAAUCGGAAGUAGUUAGGUAACAUAGAUAAAAAAUACGUUUUAAUUAUUUUAUACUUGUCAUUAGAAUGUCUUCUUUUGGACUAUACUGUUGGCAGUUGCAUUUUCUUCUCUUCUCUAGGGAAAAGUCACUGGGCCCAGAGAGGGGAGAGGUCAGACUUGUCUUUUACAUGUCUGGUAAUAGGCAGAAUAUCAGAAAGGGAAAAGUCAGGUUUAAACAUUGUCUUCAUAAUGAAUAUAUCUGUUAAACCAUGUGAAGGACCCCACCAUGUCUGUACUCCAGUCACUCCCUCCUUUUUCCAUUGGGGGGAGGAGUAUGGUAAUGUCUGGAACCAUUGUAUGUCCCCUCUGAUGUUGCCCUUAUCUUGAUUUAGUAUAUGACCUAGAGGCUCACUACCCUCGGAGUUUGUCCAGGAGGGGUGUAUUUGAGAUGGGAGUAUCUAGAACUGACAAUUGAUAUAUGCUAUUGGAUGAGGUAAUGUUUUGGUAAUAUGAAGUACCAAGAACGAGAUUAGAACCUCGUCUUAGAGAGCAAACUGAACGAUAAUUUAUAGCUAAUGCUAUCUGGCUAUGGGAUACUUCUCUCUCUCAAGUAAAAGGUCUUUGUGCAGUUUUCCUAUUAUCUGUGGUUCGUCAUGUAAGUGAGAGGGGUGGAUCUUUGCUAUAAAAGAUCUGUUGCCAUUAUGUUGACACUCAGAAUUAAUUUAUAGACAUUGAAUUGAUCUGAGGGUCACAGGGCUAUGGUGAAGCUCAUAUUAUUAAAAUAUUAAGUUUAAAGUAUAACUCUGACUUGUGUGUGGUUUGUAAACUCUCCUUUCACUUAGUAAUACAGGAAAUUACCACGACAAGAGUUAUUGAAAACCAUCAAUGGACAACAGAAAGAGAUGUCAAAUAGGCACAAUGUGAGUCAAGGCAGUGACAUGCUUCAGUUUGACUUCUUACCAGCAACAUUCUCUCGGUCUUAUACACAAAUAGAGAGCUUGACAAGAUGCAUACAGUCCUCACCGUAUGUAUUUGGACACUGAAGCUAAGGUUUAAAUUUUUUUGUGGUGACAGUCCAGAAUGUAACCUUUUUUUAAAUUAAGGUUAUAUAUUAGGUAUAGAUUUUGCUUUGCACUGUGACUUUACUAUUCAGAAUUGUAAGCCUUUUAAGCUUUCUUUUCACCAAGUUGUACACUACUGGAAACUGUUUAACCAUAAUCAUCCAUUUAGAAAAUGUAAAGUUUAGGGGAAAAAAUCUCAGCACUACGAAGAAUGGAUGGAUGGAUAAGAGGAUAUAGUUGCUUCUGAUGGAUAAUUGGGGGAAUUCAUUUUUGUAUGAGAAUUUCUCUAAUAAAAUUUGGUUUGUGGCUGGAAGCAAUUUGAGGUUAAACUUCCUAGAUCUGUUUUUAAACUGGUAAAAAUAACAUGUCUACACCACUUUGUAUACCAUCUCUUGUGGCAAAUGGUCAUACUUACAGCUGUUUAACAAAUUAAUUGUACCCUUCACAUAGAAAUGAUAUUUCCCUAAUUUACAAGAUCUAUUGUUUAAAGGUUAUGUACCAACUAUCUAAAAUGACCUGUACCCCCUUUAAAUUAAAGAUUUUGAACUAUAUAUCUCUUUCUCAGAAAGAAAUAGAAUUAACAAAACAAUUGUGCAAGCUAUAAGAGUGCUUGAGAGUUAAGGUGGUAACAAUAAGCAUGGAAAACCAGAUGAGCCAAACAUAUGUUGCGGGAAGGAACAAAAGGCCCAAGAGAAGUUGUAAACCAUCGGGAACCAGGAAUAAGAACGCAUCGAGAGAACAUAUGGAGUGAAACAACCUCGUCUGAGGGCAUUUGAUGAAGAAUAUGAGUAACAACAAGUACAUGUAUUCUAAAGUGUGUAGGCAUAGUGCACUUGAUAACAUUAUAAUUUUGGUCUACAUGCAUAAUUGUAGCCUACUUUUCCUUCCUGGCACUAGAGUUGCUGAAUCAAGUGCACCUACACUUAACAGUGCGAAACAAAUGUAAAAAAAUAAAAUAGGAAAGCAAAGCUUUAUUAGUUUAUAAACCAUGUCUUUGGGCUUAUUGUUUUUUGCAGAAAUGCUUAGAGAUCACGAUAGACCUGUUGGUAACCGCUGUUGUAGCCUUUUACUUACGAAGCACAUUAAGGGGGCUGAAUAAUUUUGCACGCCCAAUUUUUCAGUUUUUGAUUUGUUAAAAAAGUUUGAAAUAUCCAAUAAAUGUCGUUCCACUUCA